AUUUUCAUGGUUAAAUUACCUAGAUUUUCGUUUCACGAUUGGAAUCUACCAAUCUGAAGCCGUUAAAUCUUCAACAGAAAAUAUUUCAAUUUCCACAUGGACAUCUGGCUUUUGUUUACGAUUGAUAAUUUGACAAUUGUAGUGAAAUUUAUGAAAAUCUCAUGAGAUAUGGAAAAUAAGUCAUCGAAAGAUCGGAGAGUAGAAAACGCAGGUAAUUAUGUCAACCAAGAUGAAUUAAUUCUCCAACAGCAAAGACGUAUAGAAAAGGAGAUAUCUGAGUCUAUAGCUUUAGUUGGGGAAAAGGAACCAUUGAAAAGUUUAGAACAGGAAUACACAGAAGAUGAAGUAUAUCUGUCGAAAGCUAAAGCUUUGGGACAAAAAUAUUCUUAUAUUAGAAGAACGAGGCCUGAUGGCAAUUGUUUCUUUAGAGCCUUUAGUUAUGCUUAUCUCGAAAAACUAAUCGGAGAUAAAAAUGAGUAUAACAAGUUUAGAGAACUUGCAAUUAAAAGCAAAGAGAAUCUUGUAGCGCUAGGUUUUCCUCAAUUUACUGUUGAAGAUUUCCAUGAUACGUUUAUGGAAGUGAUCGACAAAGUAGGUGGAGACACAGAAUCUAGUUAUUUAGAACUACAUAAGCUUUUCAAUGAGCAAGGUUAUUCUGAUUAUGUUGUUGUAUACCUUAGAUUAAUUACUUCUGGUCAGUUACAAAGAGAAGGAGAUUUUUACCAACAUUUUAUAGAAGGAGAACGAACUAUAACAGAAUUUUGUCAUCAGGAAGUAGAACCAAUGUAUAAAGAAUCUGACCAUAUUCAUAUUAUAGCAAUGAGUACUGCUUUAGGUACCGGUGUUCGAGUUCGUUACAUGGAUCGUGGUGCUGGAACUGAAGUAACAGCACAUGACUUUCCAGAAGGCGCUACACCGGCUGUUCAUUUACUUUAUCGUCCUGGUCAUUACGAUAUACUUUAUCCUUGAUAAAUUAAGUCUAAAGCCAUUUUUUUUAAGUUCAUUAUUAAGAAAUAUACUUCAUUUAAUGAUUUUUCCAACAUGUUUAAAAGGAAAAAAUAUGAAACUAUUUUUACUGCGAACUAUUUUUACGAUUUAGUUUUGAGUUUUUUAAAAUUAAUUAUGCCAUUCAAUCACGAAACUAUAAAUGUGUCAAUAUAUAAAUUAUUUUAAAUAAAUAAUAUAUAAAUAUACUUAAGCAUAUAUUAAAAUGCGAAGGAAAUAAAUAAUUAAAGAGAACAUUUAAAAUUAUAAAAGAACAUUUAAAAUUAUCUAUGAAGAUCGUGAAAAAUUUUUAACGCUGCAUUGCUCGAACUUGUUCAGUAACUUCCUCCAAUAAAACAGAACUUCUAUCUACUGAUUC